AUGAUGAAUAAGAUAUGCUGGCGUAUCCUUGCAAUUUUACUGUUAUGGAGCAAAACUUUCGAUGAGGCACAGGGCAGAAUAUCGAAAAGGAUAAGGUUCGAGAAGAUUGGUAAAUCCCACAAGAGCUUGGUUCCAGAAAAAUGUAAAUAUGAUCAUGCACUUGUGGCCGGUGAUAAGAUCUGGAUAUUUGGAAGAAGAUUCGUGAACCAAGAAACGUCUGAUUUGCCUCACAGUGUAGCAUAUGUUGGAACGUAUGCUAUUGCUUUCAACACAGCUAAAAACAAAUGGGAAGAUGCUAAAAGUUUCUCUGCUUUAUCAAAUGACCAGAAUCUUGAUGAGAAGUUCUUCAUUCACAAUGGAGCUCCUCACGUGCUUCUUUAUAAAACAUCUAAUGAAAUCUCGUUGGAAGCUCUUUACAAAUGGACGGGAACUAAAUUCGAAAGUGUGAGACUGCAACCUUUCAAUUCCAUUGUUGCUUCGGAUUCGGAGUUUCCAGUGAACGGCGACCUUCAGAUUGCUGAUAGUCAAGACGAUAAUACGAAAUAUAUAAUAACUACAUUGGAUAAUCAAAUGAGAGUGGCCCGUUUGAAGUUCAGUGGUAAUGGCGCUAAAGCUGAACAUCUUUUCGAAAUACCAGCAGACGAUGAAUCAGAGCAGUUACAAGCCACAUCAGCAGUUGCAAGUGGCUCACGAUUGUUGGUUUCCUAUAGUAUAACCAACUACGGAUACCAAUGGACGGCCGAGAGUAUCAUUGCUUGCGAUUUGAACUCACAGUCCUGCGAAACUUUAGAGAUCAAUUCGAUAUCAAAACCGCGAUGGAGUUUUAAUGGUGCUCGCGCUCAUGCUCUGUUGCCUUCCGGUUCAUGGAUUCAUGCCGCAGGCCAAAUUAAAAGAGGGAAGUCCGGAGGUGCAUUUGAUGGCAGCGUUUGGGAGCUAAACAACCUCAAAUCCUCUCCCAAAUGGAAGAAACUCAAAGUGAAACUUCCCAAGAUGGAAGAGGACGAAGAGGUGGUGAUUGACCCCGCACAUAAAACCAUCUAUUGCAUUGGAAACACUCAAAUCGGCAAAGUGAAGAUUGCAUAAACUCAGACAGUAGCAAGAAAGGCUUCGGAGCAAACUGAGCUUGUAGACCUUCCGGAGCGGACGCUGCUAUUGGUCCGUGAGCAAAGGCCACACAGCUCAUGCCACACUGACCAAUAGCAGCAUCCGCUAUGGAAGUUCUAGAAGAUCAGUUUACUCCGGAGCUUCUUUGCGAUUGUCUGAGAAUGUGCCUUUCAAUUUUGUCCAUGUAUUCCCUAAAUCUUGGAGCUAAACAUAUUCCAAUUAAUCACCUGAAGUAAUUAUAAUAUGUAUGUAACAUUGGGUACUUUUCCGUUAUCCGGACCCAUUUUUUCAAACUAAGAUAUUGCUUCUUUCCUUGUACCAGAUUUGGUCCCAACUUCACAGGAAGGAGUGCCAACCUUCAGCCACGUGUCAAAAAUUUGACAUGUAUCUACAUGUUUAGCAACAGGUGUUUAGCAG